CGUGUGGGCAUGGAAUAGCUCUGAUCGGAUCAUCUCUUCAAGUUCUAAGCUCAGCUACCUACCUGCCUCGGGAUCUAACGAAGACGGCUCAAAGUUGAUAACACGCUCACGAGCCAAUUCGGAGAAAAUAGUCGUUCGAGAUGGCGGCAAGCGGACUCGGCUUUAUUUAUCGGGCGGCCAUCCCGGCGGCCGUUGGCCUCGGCUUCCUUCAAGCCUCCCUCUACGAUGUGAAGGGCGGCUCACGAGCUGUCAUCUUCGACAGAGUGUCAGGAGUCAAGGAGACGGUGAUCAACGAGGGAACACACUUCUUGGUGCCGUGGUUGCAACGAGCCAUCGUCUUCGACGUGCGGACGAAGCCGCGAAAUAUCGCCACGACAACAGGGAGCAAGGACUUGCAGAUGGUCAGCUUGACGCUGAGAGUGUUGCACCGGCCCGAAGUUAAGGCACUGCCCAAGAUAUACCAAAACCUAGGCCAGGACUAUGACGAGCGAGUCCUCCCCUCGAUCGGCAACGAGGUCCUCAAGUCGAUCGUCGCGCAGUUCGACGCGGCGGAGCUGAUCACGCAGCGCGAGGCCGUCUCGCAGCGCAUCCGCGCCGACCUUGUGAAGCGGGCGAGCGAGUUCAACAUCGCGCUCGAGGACGUGUCCAUCACGCACAUGACCUUUGGCAAGGAGUUCACAAAGGCCGUCGAGCAGAAGCAGAUCGCCCAGCAGGACGCCGAGCGCGCCCGCUUUAUCGUCGAGCGCGCCGAGCAGGAGCGCCAGGCGAACGUCAUCCGCGCCGAGGGCGAGGCCGAGAGCGCCGAGACCAUCAGCCGCGCCAUCGCAAAGUCCGGAGACGGCCUCGUCCAGAUCCGGAAGAUCGAGGCCAGCCGCGAGAUCGCCCAGACGCUGGCGAACAACCCCAACGUCGUCUACUUGCCCGGCGGCGGGAGCGGUGCCAAUCUGUUGAUGAACGUGGGACGGGCAUAAGUAGGGGGGUGGAUAUCGGGCGUGUGCGGGCGUGUGCAGAAGAAAGGGGGGCGGCUACUGCUAUCCAUCUCCCCCCCAUAAUGGCUGCCAUUUAAGGGGGACGAAAGGGGGGCCCAAAAAUCGGUUGCCCGUUUGUACUACUAGCUGAUAUCAAGCAUUGUAUCUUCCCCUCUUCCAAAUAUGGUCAUGAUGCAGAGGAGUAGAUUUUUGUUUUUGGCCCACGUUUCCUAUGUGCCAAUUAACGCUCCUAGGUACGUGAAUGGCUAUCAUGAGCCUCUCCCAACGGGUGGAGCCAUCUAAGCACUUGAAAUGUGCUGAUGACUAGGUAGAUCACUGUAUGCUUUUCCGCCGA